AUGAACGUUGAGACCACAACUCCCAUAAAUACCUUUAAUCCCAAGGACCCACAUGGUUUGGGUGAUCCCAAUGACACAUCUCUGCGCAAGGUAGAAGUUGAGAUUCUAAUUCCCAAAAUUAUGCGAGACCGUGCUAAGGAGAUACAUUGCACCAAAGAAGUUGCAGAUUUCCAAGCCUGUUGCAAAGACAGUGGUGUACUGAUGGUCGUAUCGUGUCGCAAAGAAAAUUCCCAUUUAAAAGAAUGCCUAAGUAAAUGGUAUAAGAAUGAGGCAUUUAAGGAGGAGUGCAAACAGAUUUACCUACAAGAAAGAUCGGAAUUUCGCAGAACCGGCAUUCCCAAAAAACACAGAGUUGAAAAAGUUUAA